AAAAUUUCCGUGACGUCUUCUUUUGUUUACUCUUUCUGAGAGUCAUCUGUUUCUGUUUCCCAAAAAAACUAAAUUAAUUUACCUUAUCCAACCCAAGAUUAUUAAUUAAUUUGAUUGAGUUGCAAUGAUGACUGGUUUAAUGGACAAAAGAAAAAGAAGCCGUGAAGAUGAUUAUUGUGAGUCCACACCUCUUUCAAAGCGUAUCAACAAUCUCCAUAUAAAUAACAAUAACUUGGAUGAGGCAUUCCAUCAUCACCAUCACCAUAAUCAUCAGCAACAGCAACAACAUCAAGAUUAUUCCACAUCAAAUAUGGGAUUGCAAAAUAUGCAACAACAACAACAGCAACAUAUUAAUCAUAGCAUGAAUAAUUAUCAAAACGUCUUGCAUCACAAUCAUAGUGCAAAUGCAAACCAAGUGCCACAAGAUGAUUUCCAUCAUCAGUAUUCAUAUGAUCCCGAAUUAAACGAGCAUGACAAUCCAAUUUAUUAUAACAAAAAUAAAUUAUUGCACGAGCUGCAUUUUGAGAGAGUCAAAAGAAAUCAGAUUUGAAAAUCUUUAAUCUCAUAAAUUAGAAAAAAAACUUCACCUAUUUAAAAUGAAAACCAUUCGAUGGAUCAAAUUUAUGUGUACCUAUGCCUAUCUAAGCUUUCAAUGAAGAUUGAUUUAGAAUUAUAAAUAUAAUACUAGUUAUUAAGUUAAGUUAAUAUAAAAAGAAAGAAACUAAAAAAAAUAGAUUGUAAUGAAAUUUCAUUUACUCACUCAUCAUUACGAUAUCGGAAAUACAUGUACGUACAUUUAUUUUGAUAAUGCCUAUGUAUAUUGUUAAAUUGCGUUUUUCUAAAUGUGUAAUCUAUAAGACGCGUAUUAUUAAACUUAUUAUUGUAAAUAAAAUCAUUUUAGGCUUCUUCUCAUGAA